AUGUUACCAAUAGCAAUUGGAUAUGCAUCUUUUGGUGUUUGUAUAGUUGUAAUAUUAGCAUUAAACUAUUUAAUUGUUAAAUACUACUCUGACAAGCAUGAAGCAGAAAAGUUAACAACCGUGGUUGCAGUCCUCGGUUUAACCAUCACCCUUUUAUGUCUAUUCAUUAUCCCAGUAGAUAUCUUGAAUGUCAGUACAAUGUCUGAUCAAGGAGGAAAUGUCACACUAUCAACAAGUGAUAUCAAUUUUAGAAAUGAUUCUAUUAGAAUUAUUUAUUAUGUAUUAUACGCAUUAAUUUUAGGAUUUGCAUUGGUAUUGAUACCAUUUGCUUAUUUCUAUUUUGAAGAGUAUGAUGAAGGAUUAACAACAUGUCAAAGAGUAUAUGCGGGAUGUAAAUACACAACCUUUUUAAUUGUAUUUAUGGUUGUAUUGCUGAUUGUUGGAGCAUUCAUUCGUCCUGGAUCUUCAAAACCAGUGGAUAAUCAAAACGUUAAAGAUUGGAUUCAAGAUGAAAUUAUGAAUCAAAACGCAGCAGAGGCAUCUUUAAUGUUUGCCAUUGCUUGUUUGACAUUACUUGGAUUUAUCGUUUGGAUUUCAUACACUGCCUAUGGUCUGUCGGCAAUGCCAAUGGGUCUGAUCAAAGGAAAGAGAAGAGUAUCAGAUGAUCGUGAUCAAAUCGAUAGCGAUCUCUCCAAGACUAGAGAACGUGUUGGCUUCCUCUCUUCAAAGAAUGCAUCUGGAAAGAACAUGUCGUCACGUGACGAAGCUAAUCUUUCACUUCUUCAAUCGCGUGAAAGAGCCCUUCAACGUCGUUCAAGUCGUUUGGAUGGUUCGGAAAAGGGAAUUAAAAAGAUUCUCGUCAUAUUCCGUCCAUUCUCUUUUAUCUUUGGUUUUGUUUUCCUUUUGGUAUCAUUCCUUAUAGUAAUUUCUAUCGUUCUUUCAAUCAUUGAUAAACUUACAAGUUCAGUUUGUGGUUCAUCUUGUGGUUUCCUUACUACUUAUCCAAAAUUAAAAAAUCCAGUUGAUUUACUUUUAUCACUUCUUGCUCCUUAUUUCCCAUUAGAUUUUAUAAUUUUAGGAUUAUUAAUUACAUUUGUAUAUUUCUCAACUUUGGCAGGUAUUGUUCGUAUUGGUAUUAGAUUUAUUUGGAUCAAGAUGUAUGAAUUUUUACCAAGAAGAACUGCACCACAAGGUCUUUUAAUGGCCACCGUUCUUUUAAUGCUUGCCAAUCUUUGUAUGAAUGUUCAAAUUCUCACAUUGGCUCCUCGUUAUGGUAUGUUUGGUACUCAAGUUUGGUUCAAUGCUACCAGUCAAGCCGUUUCUCCAUGCAGUUUGGAUGCUCCACCCAAUGCCUGUCAAAUGACUCAAAUCGGUGUCCUCUCUUCAAGAAUUCAAAUGGGAACAAGCUUCUUUGGUAUUGUUUAUUAUUAUGCAACUUGGGUAUUUGUUGGUACAUUUUUAAUUGGUCUUGUAGUUUCUCUUAUUCGUAAGAGACAAUCAAAUGUUGUUGCUUAUCGUGAUGAUAGCGAUGAAGACUUUUAA